CAGAAACAGAUAGGUUGCUGGGGUGGCUGGCAGAGGGGAGCUAGCUACAGAGAGAGAGAGAGAGAGAGAGAGAGAGAGAGAGGGAAAAAAAACUGGAAGACAGAAAAACAAAGAAAGAGUUGUAAGAGAAACACCAAAAAGAUGGUGGAGGAGAUCCUCUAAGAUCAUCUUGCAAAGGGGCAGUAAUAGAAAAGAUUUAUUAAUCUAGUAAAAAAAAAAAAAUACCAAUACCAUUUCCUUGCUGCCUUUUUCGUUUCUGUUUGAGCUUCUCCAUCUAUCCACCCUGCCACCCCCUCGUUGCAUUUCCUCCUCUUGAAGGAUUUUUGGUAUCAAAAUUGCAUUAUUGCCCUUCACAACAACAGCACUAAAACACCUUUUCUGGCCCUUAUUUAUGCUGCAUUUUAUUGGUGUGGAGAUUUAGAGGGAGAUUAUAGCCUGCUCUUCCAUUUUAUGUGGUCUUUCAGGACAAGGGUGUAGAGAAGUGUUUUUAAAAUACAAGGAUGAGGGACCCUGAGAUGAUCAAAUGUGAAGACUUUUCGUGUUUUUGUAGCAUGGUUGUUUGUAAAUCAAAGAUUUUGCAUUAGUUGUUGUUGUUGUUGUUAGUUGAAAGGGGUGGUUUUGCAUAGGAAACCUGGCGAUCAUUGUUGCUACCUCCACUGCCAAAUUUGGUUCAUCAAGCAAUGAGGGAUAGAUGGAAAACAAUUGGAUUCCAAUUUUUGUUCUUUUUGGUUUUGAUUCUUGGUCUUGAAAAUCAAUGCUCCUGGUCGCUUAAUGAUGAGGGAUUGGUUUUGCUGGAAUUCCGGGGACGAGUGAAUUCUGAUCCUUUCGGUGCUCUUUCAAAUUGGAAUCCCAAUGACAUUGAUCCUUGCUCAUGGUCUGGUGUUCAUUGCGCUGCGGGAAAAGUGCAAAUACUGGAUCUGAGCGGUUUUUCUUUGGAAGGGACAUUGGCGCCGGAGCUUGGCAAACUUGUUAACUUAACAUCCCUUGUACUCUACCGAAACCAUUUCACUGGUGCCAUUCCUAAAGAGAUUGGAGAGCUCAGAAAGCUGGAAUUACUGGACCUGAGGAAUAAUAACUUCAGUGGAGCAAUUCCAGAAGAAAUAGGAAGAUUACUGUCAUUAAAACACUUGUUGCUAAGAGACAAUAAAUUUGAGGGAAGCAUUCCUCCGGAGAUCAGGAGGCUUAACCUGCUUUCUGAAUUUCGAUUUGAUGGAAACCUUGCAUCUGCUGCUGCUACUGGAGUUAGCUUUGUCAAUAGAAAACUUGGACAUGGCAUGUGGUGGAGCAGCUGGAAGCACUUGAAUGGGGCGAAUUCAUUCAUAUUCCCAAUUAAAGGAGCUUUUAUGCAUUACCUGAAUUCCAUGACAUUGCAAUUGUUCAAGCUCGGGAAGGAUACUCUGCAUGGUCGCAAAGAAAAUUGCUUUGUUAAGCCAGAUAGAUCACCUGAGCAAAAUGUAGAGAUCCUUGCCAAUUUUGUACGUCGCAGACUACUUGAGCAGUCCAGUAACCUCCAAGCUGCACCUGCGGGUGGUGGAUCUUCCUCUCAACCAAUUAUUGCUCUUCCAACCACGCGAAGUAGUGGGGCUUUCCCAGCAAUACCAAAUGCAAAGAAGCAUCAACCUCAAUCCCCUGUGCCAUUGGAUUCACCUGCUAAUCCUCCAACAAUAGGAGCUAAGGCUUCAACUCAUUCUGCUGAAAAGCCAUUUAAAGAACAAUCUCCAACCAAUGGAACUUCUGGAAAUACAUGGAUGUAUUUCCUAAUCAUUCCAAUCGUGGGUGUCUUGAUCAUUUUUGUAGCAGGCUUGCUCUUUAGGUGCCGGAAACAAGGAGUGACAACCAUAGGUCCUUGGAAGACUGGUCUAAGUGGACAGUUGCAGAAAGCAUUUGUUACAGGGGUUCCCAAGCUAAAUCGAUCAGAGCUGGAAACUGCCUGUGAGGAUUUCAGCAAUAUCAUUGAUACAUUUGAUGGUUUCACUGCAUAUAAGGGAACACUGUCUAGUGGAGUUGAGAUUUCUGUUGCAUCAACUACAGUGGCUUCUUCCAAAGAUUGGUCAAAGAAUGCAGAGAUGGCAUACCGGAAAAAGAUUGAUACACUAUCACGGAUUAAUCAUAAGAACUUUGUAAACCUCAUUGGCUUCUGUGAGGAGGAUGAACCUUUCAAUAGGAUGAUGGUUUUUGAAUAUGCUCCAAAUGGAACUCUCUUUGAGCAUCUGCAUGUUAAAGAAAUGGAACAUCUCGACUGGAAUACAAGGAUGAGGAUUAUUAUGGGUGUUUCUUAUUGCCUGCAAUAUAUGCACCAUGAUCUGAAUCCACCUAUAGCACAUUCUAAACUGUGUUCACGCGCUAUCUUCUUAACAGAUGAUUAUGCUGCUAAGAUUGCAGAGAUCUGUUUUUUGCCUCAAGCUACAUCAAACUCAAAGGUCUCAGGCGAAUUGGAGGAUUCACUGCCACCCCAUGUUGAUCCAGAAACAAACAUCUAUUGUUUUGGGGUUUUGUUGCUUGAAAUCAUUUCCGGGAAGCUCCCAUACUCAGAAGAACAAGGACCCCUUGAAAAAUGGGCUGCUGAAUAUUUGAAUGGCAAGCGGAGUAUCAGCUGCAUGAUUGAUCCAAGCCUUAAGUCUUUCAAAAACAACGAUCUUGACGUCAUCUGUGAGAUUAUCCAACAAUGUAUCCAAUCAGAUGCAAGGCACAGACCAACAAUGAAGGAGAUCACCUCCAAAUUGAGGGAAGUGAUUUCUAUCUCACCUGAUCAAGCAACCCCUAGACUUUCUCCUCUGUGGUGGGCUGAGCUUGAGAUAUUAUCCGUAGAGGCAACUUAGAGCUCUCUCCCCCGCUGACUCUUGUUGCAAGUAAAGUCUCUCUCAUACUCUGUGUCAAAAUAUAAAAGUUAGCUUUUCAAUCGGUGCUGCCCCAAAAUCAUCAAAUACCACCAAUCCUUGGCUUUCCCGUCCCUUUGUUUUUUGGUCCCAUUAUUGUAUUCUUUAAUCUGAUUCAUUCUAUUAGUUAUAUGUUUUUUCCCCAUUUCUCCUAGCAUUGCACAUUACUAUGAGAAUGUGAUAUAGGGUUUCAUUCGUGGGUUAUUGUGUUCCAAAUGGUAAACGGAAUAUGUAUUUUGUGAUUGACUUUUGUGGUGUAAAAAACUAACAUAGCACUGGGAUUUUAGUCCUAGUGAACUUAUUAAUUGUGAGAAUUUGUUUGAUUAA